AUUUAUUUUAAAUUCUCUUUGGCUCUAUGGGUUUGUCACUUAUUGUAAAGCGCCGCUUUCUCAUUUUUUUACUGUAAAAUUUGCAAUAGUUUUUUCAUACUUCAGUAUUCUUGAAGAGUGAUAUUGUUUUUAGGAAAUCAUGUCGGGGAUAGCAAGUGCUCGUCUUGCGGAAGAGCGGAAAGCUUGGCGCAAGGACCAUCCCUUUGGUUUUGUUGCUAGACCAAUGAAGAAUCCUGAUGGUUCUCUAAAUUUAAUGACUUGGGAAUGUGCGAUUCCUGGUAAAAAAGGGACUCCAUGGGAAGGUGGUUUGUACAAAUUGAGAAUGAUCUUUAAAGAUGACUAUCCAACAAGUCCACCAAAGUGUAAAUUUGAGCCUCCUCUAUUUCACCCAAAUGUAUAUCCUUCAGGAACAGUAUGUCUCUCACUGCUUGAUGAAGAAAAGGACUGGCGUCCUGCUAUAACAAUUAAGCAAAUUCUGCUUGGUAUUCAAGAUCUGCUCAAUGAACCAAAUGUUAAAGAUCCGGCUCAGGCAGAGGCAUAUACAAUUUAUUGCCAAAACCGUUUAGAAUACGACAAGAGAGUGAGAGCACAGGCCCGUGCUAUGGCGGCCACUGAAUAAAUCAAUUUCAUCCAACUCAGGGAUCAUGAAAUUACUUUGUAGCUAAAAAUGAACCAUUAACAUCGUAUUAAUAGUGAUGAGUUAUUUGUUUUGACUACACUUUCAAAUUUGCUACAAAGCAUGGUACAACAAUAAGUAACUAUAUAUAGAUCCAAACAAUUUUAAUUUGUAUGUUUACUAGAAUCAUCAUCCACAUCAUGACACAUUAAAGGUUUUAUGUUAAAAAAAAAAACAAAGGAAACAGAUAUUAAAGUUGUGAUUUCCAAAAUUUUAGGGAUAAAAGAAUAAAGAAAUAAAUUUCAAACUAAGCUAAUUUAUAUAGUCUAGAUAAACUGUGACAGCUGUUAACAUGUCAAAAAGAAAGAGUGGAGCUCUGUUAGUGUCUAUUUCCAGCAAUGCACACACACUAAAAUAAAAUGGCAUACAUUUAUAUUAAAUUACCAAGCAUAAUCAUUUUCAUUAUCCUAGUAUUAAUAUGUUAUUAUUUUAGCCCAAUACAGCUCAAGUUUAAUUUGUUGUAUUAACAUUUAAAUUCUCAUUAAUUGAAUUGCCUAGAAAGAAAUUUCAUUGAUCUGUAAAUAGUAAUUAAAUACUUAAUUGUAAGUGUAAAAAUAGGUUUUCACUUAAGUCUUAGUAAACAUUGUAUACAAAAUUCUGAUUUAAAACUAGAUUAUAAUACUACAGAUUGCUUUCCAAAUUAAAAACUUUUUUUUUAUAAUAUAUAUAUAACAGAUUUUUUUUACAACAUCAUUCCACACACAAUAUUGUUCGGUAUUAUACUGUUUCCUUGAAAUAAAAUGUAAGAUCUUUGAAUGUAAGUUAGUUAAGAGAGAUUGCAAUUUGAAUAUCUUUGUAUGAAGGAGAAAUGUCAGCUAGGGAAUUAAACGAAUUGAGACCUUGUUAUAAGGUUCAAUAAUUUAAUUUAAAAAUAUUUUUGUAACUUAAGUAUGUUAGUUUUUAUUUAAUGAUAAUAAAAGUUUCUAAUUGAGUGUUUUUCAAUACACUUCAUAGAAUGGUUUUUAAAUUCAAGGCGGAAAUUAUAACCAUUGAUAUAUUUACUAUACAGGUGUACCACGACUAUGCCACAUCGAGGGAAAGUACCUUAAAUAUUGUAGAUGUAACAUUUAACUGAAAGAAGAAAUUAUUGCCUGCUUGAACUGGGAAAUGAACAUGAUAAUGUCACAUACUUAUACCUAAUUUAAGACUUUUAUGGUUUUCUCAUGGUUGCCAAAAAAUAAUUAUCUAAGUCCUGAGGUAACCAACAUAAAAAAAUACCGAAUUGAGAGCCUCCUCCUUUUUUGAAGUUGGUUAAAAAGAGUGACUAUUGUUUUCAUUUCUGACUCUGUCCUUUCAACUGUCCCGUUCUGACAAGCGGGUCUUGUCUGGGGACUUUUCAAUAAUUGUACCAUAUUUAAUGAAUUAAAUUACAUUGUUUUCAUGUCAAUCUUAAAUUAAUAAAUUAACCUUACUGAUGAUAAGUCA